AUGCGUAUUUCUUCGUCAGCUUGUGGCUCAGAUAGAAGCCUGGUCCAUGUCUGCGAUGACCAGAGCCUAUGCUUCACAAGUCUCCCAGCUCAGACAAUUCACGAGGCUUCGCUGAGCCAGAAAUCAAGGCUGAAGUACGAAAAAUGCAAUACUCACCAGACUCAUUCGCACAUGACUCAUUCACGCCGUAGAUCAUCUACCGUGAGGCGUGGUGAGAACCUGGAUUUGUCUUUUCAGCUCCGUUGGGUCCAAUAUUGAAUGUCACCAAUCCAGACACAUUGGGCGAGUUUACCCCUUUUCCCAGUGAUCAAAGACACGGGAUGAACCAACCUCAGAGCUGAACCAGUGUUCUCGGAGCUCGUUGGUGUAAACGAUGAUAUUGAAUAUCAUCUAUCAACAAAUGCUCGCAUCAAGGAGAGCGGCACAAGCAUGAUGCUGGUCCAAGUCCAGGCAGAGACGACCAACGUUUGGUGCAUGGCCAAUAGGCCCUCAAGCGCGUAUCUUCCCGGCGGCCGACAGGUGUCUAUGGCCUUCAUAAAAAAAAUCCAGCAAAGGCGAAGUUGGGAGUGAAAAUUUUCGCCUCCUUUAGGUAGAAACGGGGAUGAGUCGACUGGCCGGGGCGCAGGCAGAAGUGCUGUCGUGUGCUCUGCUCACGAUCCUCAGGCUCGAGGUUGAAGUGAAUGAGAAAUCUAUCGGGAAAUGGCUUGACCGAUUCGAGGAGAAUAGGCCUGUUUUUAAAUUCAGGCCUCCCACGGCAGGACAUCUAUGGGUGUGAUCUUGGUAGUUGCGUGAUGGCGAUUUGACGCGAAUGCGUGGAAUAUAUGCAUUGGGCCGGGCCGUAGUAUAAUUUUGACAGAACGCCACUUUGGACAACUGGCAUCGUCAACGAUUUGCCAUCAAACAACUCAUCAU